CCCCCCCCCCAUGGUGAUGAGCAUUCACGGAAGCCAUGCCUUUUCUAUUAGGACAUUGAUCCACUGAAUUGUAGCUUUUGCAUUUAUAGUGCUAUAUUCCAUGAUUUUAGAUUUAGACCUCCAAGAUGAUAUAAUGAAUGGCCAAUUGGAUAUGUAAACCCUCAUUCAUAUUGUGUUACUCAACAGUGUUCUGGAGAAAAGCAGAAUUCAUAUCCAGCAAACAUAAUUGCUGCCAUCUUUGAUGUUGAGCUUAUCCUCCAUUACUCGGUAAUAGCAGACACUGAAUUCCAGAUGUGUGAGUGCAUACUCUUAAGUAAGAACAGUCAGUAGUUUUCACUUUAAGGCUGAGAGGUUCCUCAUCAAAAAGCAUCCACUACAAAUAAGGCUGAAGGACCAGUGAAUAUAAUUUAUGACAUGUUCGUGAUCUUGUUGAUUUGGCCUUCCUGAUCAAUAUUUCAAAUCAGGUUUGAUUAUCAUUAAGCACUUUGGCCAAGAUAAAUGUUUUACUCAUUUUACCUUAAUAAGGAGCUUUUAUUACAUAUUCACAGUUUACAAAGUCAUGCAUUAAUCAAAAUUAAUAUCCGUGCAGCUUGCAAGCAUCAACCAUCAAAUUAGAUUAUUGCUGGCCAUAUCCACGCGCACUCGAGCUUCCAUGCUGCCCACUGUUCAUAGAAGGUCUCCAAAGUCCCUGUGAAUGACCCAUGCUCCCUUUCCAAGGACCCAUAGGCAUGAACAUAAGCCUGGAAGAAGAGCAGGCGGCCAACUUGGGUAGAACCCUCAAAUGCCUACUGCCUGGAUCCAUGAAUGACCAUCUUGAAUAGGCCCAGGAUCAAAUUGACAGGGAGAUUGCCAUAUCCACCCACUCCCUCUGUAUUGUGUGACCAAAGAUCAGUAGCGUGGGGCUGAAAUGUAACCAAAGUUUGAGGAGCAGCCCCUUUAGAGAAAUGUAUACCAUGUGGUUUAGUGACAGGGUACUGUAGACUGCAGUCAUUAUUUCCUGCAACAAUCUUUACCACAAGUACAUCUUGCAACUUGAUUUGUGGAUCUCGUGCAAGGCGCUCUUCCAUUUUAUGUUAAAUAAUUCUGAAUGGUUAAGAAAUACUAUUUCAACAAGCGGUACCAAUAGUUACCUUGGAUAGCCUUUGUCAUAUCCUACAAACAUUGACUCUCAUACCAGAACCACAAGCAUAAGCUGCAUUAAAACCUUGUUAUCAAUGAAAGAAAGAUCGAAGCCUCAACUUUAUCUCAGGGAGAUCCUUAAGUACUGUACGCACCCAAAAACUACAUCCAUCAACACUGCCUUCAGAGAGAGUUCAAACUUUCAAUUACAUCAGGACCCUUUCUUGAGCGAUGGAAUGAAAAUGUUCCACAUUUUGAAAGAAGUCGCUCAUGUCUCAAAGUUUGAGCAUUAUUCAAAUGGUGAGUAAAAUCCAUUAGAUCCUUGGAUGGAAUUACUAACCAUACUGUAUCAUCAUCAAAAAGUAUGAAGAUUCUUUCAGUGGUCUGUGCCAGCCCAAGAACUGCAAACAUACCGUACAAUACAUCUUUGAUGAUGGUUGAGUCCAAUGGUUUAUAGUGAAUGGCAAUUUCUCACCUCUUUGAAUCCAUAGUCCAAUAUUGUAAUGAACUUGAAGCUUAAAUAUCCAUAAUGUUCAAAUUAACUACCAACAUUUUCCCAGCAAUCCCAUAGGAUCACAAUUCAAAGCCCAAUUUGAGAUAGAAGAAUUGAAUUCGAAAGGAUAGGCUUGAAAGGAUGGGCUUCAAAUCUUAUAGAAUGUUUCGAGGAUGUAACUAGUAGAGUGGAUAAGGGAGAGCUAGUGGAUAUGUUAUAUCUGGACUUUCAGAAGGCUUUCAACAAGGUCCCACAUAAGAGAUUAGUAUGCAAACUGAAAGCACACGGUAUUGGGGGUUCAGUAUUGAUGUGGAUAGAGAACUGGCUGGCAGACAGGAAGCAAUUAGUAGGAGUAAACGGGUCCUUUUCAGAAUGGCAGGCAGUGACUAGUGGGGUACCGCAAGGCUCAAUGCUGGCACCCCAGCUAUUUACAAUAUAUAUUAAUGAUUUGGACAAGGGAAUUGAAUGCAACAUCUCCAAGUUUGCAGAUGACACGAAGCUGGGGGGUAGUGUUAGCUGUGAGGAGGAUGCUAGGAGGCUGCAAGGUGACUUGGAUAGGUUGGGUGAGUGGGAAAAUGCAUGGCAGAUGCAGUAUAAUGUGGAUAAAUGUGAGGUUAUCGACUUUGGUGGCAAGAACAGGAAAGUAGACUAUUAUCUGAAUGGUGGCCGAUUAGGAAAAGGGGAGAUGAAACGAGACCUGGGUGUCAUGGUACACCAGUCAUUGAAAGUAGGCAUGCAGGUGCAGCAGGCAGUGAAGAAAGCGAAUGGUAUGUUAGCAUUCAUAGCAAAAGGAUUUGAGUAUAGGAGCAGGGAGGUUCUACUGCAGUUGUGCAGGGCCUUGGUGAGGCCACACCUGGAGUAUUGUGUACAGUUUUGGUCUCCUAAUCUGAGGAAAGACAUUCUUGCCAUAGAGAGAGUACAGAGAAGGUUCACCAGACUGAUUCCUGGGAUAGCAGGACUUUCAUAUGAAGAAAGACUGGAUAGACUCGGCUUGUACUCGCUAGAAUUUAGAAGAUUGAGGGGGAAUCUUAUAGAAACUUACCAAAUUCUUAAGGGGUUGGACAUAGUGGUGAAUCUGUGGAAUUCUCUGUCAUAGAGGGUGGGUGAGGCCAGUUCAUUGGCUAUAUUUAAGAGGGAAUUAGAUGUGGCCCUUGUGGUUAAAGGGAUCAGUGGGUAUGGAGAGAAGGCAGGUACAGGAUACUGAGUUGGAUGAUCAGCCAUGAUCAUAUUGAAUGGCGGUGCAGGCUCGAAGGGCCGAAUGGCCUACUCCUGCACCUAUUUUCUAUGUUACUAUAACGAUUCAUGUCUCCAUUAACUCAAAAACUGUGGCUUAUUUUGAUAGAAUGUACUAAUAAUGUUAAUGAUAGUGCUUAUCAGCACUGUGAGGAUUUACAUUAGUGGUGGAAGAUGGUUCAAGUUAACAUGACAUCUUGUGACUGUAAAAGCUGAAUAAUAUUUGACAAUGUUAAUAUGUUGAAUUAUAUGAAACUAUUUCCAUUAGCUAUGGAUGGCCAAACAAAACAUCUGACAGUAUAUAUCAAUGAUUACACAACCACCAAAACAACUGAAAAAUAUUAAUGGAAUCAUAUAGAGCAUAAAGAUCCCAUUUCACAACAAGACUGUGGGUAAUUUGCAUUGCUAUUCUUUUAAAUAUAUAUAUAUUAUUAGGAAAUGUGCAUUGAAAGGUCAGGAUUUAUUACCCAUCCAGAACUGCCCUUGAACUGAGUGGUUUGCUGGGCUUUCUGAGUCAAACUCAUCAAUGGUGUUGGAGUCUCAUGUAGGUCAGACCAUAUAAGGAUGGGAGAUAUCCAUGUAAAAGGAAAUGUGUGGAGCAUGUUUUUUUUUACACAGAGAGUGGUGGAGGCCUGGAAUGCACAGCCAGGUGUGGCAGUGAAGGAAGAUACAAUAGUGACAUUUAAGUGACUUUUGAAUAGGCACAUGGAUAUGCAGGUGAUAUGGAUCACAUGCAGGCAGAUGAGAUUAAUUUAUCUUGGGAUCAUGUUCGGCACAGACAUUGUGGGCUGAAGGGCCGGUUGCUGUGCUGUACUGUUCAUUGUAUGUCCUCCCCUUAAUGACAGUGGUGAACCAGAUGGGCUUUUAUGAUAAUCCAGUAUUUUUUUUCCUAAUCUUUUUUGAAACAUUUGUAAAAAAUCAGAAUAAUUAUUAUUGUUAAAAUCCGCAUUUGCUGUGUUGGGAUGGGAAUUCUAAUCUCCAAAAAUUGUUAGGCCUACACAACCAAAGAGCAGUGCUAAACUACUAUCUACAACUUUGGUGACCCUAUCCCUGAUCAGGCUUUGCUGGCUUUACCUUGCAUUAAAUGUUAUCACCAUCAUGUAUCUAUACACUGUAAAUGGGUCAAUUCUAAUCAUGUAAUGUGUUUCUGCUGACUGGAUAGCAUGCAGCAAAAAGCUUUUCAUUGUACCUCAGUACACGUGACAAUAAACUAAACUGAACUGAACAGGAUUGGCUGCUACUAUAACUGCUUCAGAUUCAUCAUACCUUUGGAAUUCUACCUCCCUGCGAGUUAAAAGCCAGUGAAAGAAGUUAGAGCAAUAGUCAUAGACAUACAGUGUGGAAACAGGCCCUUUGGCCCAACUUGCCCACAUGUCCCAGCUAGUAGUCCCAUCUGCCUGGUUUGGUCCAUAUCCCUCCAAACCUGUCCUAUCCAUGCACCUGUCUAACUGUUUCUUAAAUGUUGUGAUAGUCCCUGCCUUAACUGCCUCCUUUGGCAGCUUGUUCCAUCCACCCACCACCCUUUGUGUGAAAAAGUUACCUCUCAGAUUCCUAUUAAAUAUUUUCCCCUUUACCUUAAACCCAUGUCCUCUGGUAGAUCCUAAGUGAAAAAAUAAAUAAACGUAUGCUGACGUGUCGUUAUACAAAAUUAUGUCAGGGGGAUAAGGAAUGGAGAUUUGCUUGGAGGUUGUCCAGCAAACUGUGUCAAGUCAGAAAGUAGAGGAGAGUGGGCGCUGGGACCCGGCCGCUCCUCUCAAUGCGUUGCAGACGAGUCAGUAAUGACACGCCCAUUGCUGGCAUCAUAUUGAGUCCGGGGGCUUUAUUCAAAACACUAAGGAGAAAUCGGUUGAUGGCAAAUACAUCAUUCCGCCGUCCAGCUGAGAAUACGACAUUAGAGGACAGAAGGGUUUUUAAAAACACACACAAAAAAAAAGCCAAAAAAGCCCGCACCAAGAAAGUCCGGCCAUGUGGCUUCGCUUCAGCAACGUGUUUUGUCAACAGAUGGAAUAGAAUAUUCAAUAAGCAAAGGCUGCUGACGAGACCAGCGGCUACGAGAAGGGACAAUGGGCACAACGCUGGUGCUGUCGGGGAUGUGUGAGUACUGAAACACUUAUCGCCAAAAACCCCCAACAAAAUAAGAGCAAGGUCGUGGUUUUAGUUGUUAAAAAUGACUCAUCUGCAGCCUGGGCUCCGCGCUGAAACCAUUGAGAAAUCUCGGCUGGAGCUGAACGAGAACGCGGAUGCCUUGCACCAGGACAUCCAGCAGGUCAGAGACAUGAUCAUCACCCGCCCGGAUAUCGGCUUCCUCCGCACGGACGAUGCAUUCAUCCUGCGCUUUCUGAGAGCCAGGAAGUUUAACCACUUCGAGACCUUCAAAUUGCUGGCUCAGUAUUUCCAGUAUCGUCAACAAAACCUGGACAUGUUUAAAAACUUCAAAGCAGACGACCUCGGCAUCAAACGGGCUCUGAUGGAUGGCUUUCCAGGAGUCCUCCAACAGACGGAUCACUACGGGAGGAAGAUCCUGGUGCUGUUUGCUGCCAACUGGGACCAGAGUAGGAAUACCUUUGUGGACAUUCUCCGAGCUAUUCUCCUGUCCCUGGAAAUCCUGAUUGAAGAUCCAGAGUUACAGAUAAAUGGAUUUGUGUUAAUUAUAGACUGGAGUAAUUUCACAUUCAAACAAGCCUCCAAACUGACUCCCACCAUUCUGAGACUAGCCAUAGAGGGAUUGCAGAUUUUUCUUCAUGGCAACAACCUAAACAGCUUGCACCAGCUAAUCCAUCCCGAAUAUCUGCCGUCCGAGUUUGGAGGUACCCUACCCCCGUAUGACAUGGGAACCUGGGCACGGACACUGCUGGGUCCAGACUACAACGAUGAAACUGAAUAUACAUACAAUUCCUACAACUCGAUGCAUGUAAAAGAUGCGCUGGAUGAUUGUGAAAAAAGUUGCUCUCCCAAGCAUAUGAGGAGGUCGCAGUCAGUGGUGGAACCAGGUGUGCUGAAGCACGAAGACAGAGAUGAUGAUAACACCCAGCCACUACUGGCUCUGGAUUGAACAGUGCUCAUUACAUGGCUGGAUCUCAGAGGUGCAAACAUUUAUGGAGCAUUUGCUUAAACCAAGUCACUUUCAUCCUCGUGUUUUUUCCAUCAAAAUGGCAAAAUUCGGGUAUCAUCAGCUUUCUUGUCAGAACAGCCAGAAAUUGAUUAAAAUUGUGAAAUUCUGUAAAAUAAGGAACCUGAACGAUUUUCUAUCUGUGGUAGAUAACCAGUCAGUGGCUUUGGAAGGAUUACAGAUAUUGGUACUUUAAUUAUGGAAGAAAGGGGAAAAUCCAUAAAUACAGAACAAUUUAAGUCUUGAUAACAGGCAUGUAAUUUUCCAACACAUUUGUGCCUUCCCAAGAAAGGCAGUGCUUUUAUAUUUCAAUAUCAGAUUGGAAAACUCAAAAUGGACAAGUUUCAAACUGAAGACAGGAAUGAAAAAAAUGUUUAUUGAUGUGCCAAAGAUCUAAUAGAUCCAAUCCUAAUAGAUCCAAUCCUAUUUAUUUUCUGAAUGAGCAGCAAACGUCUAUCAAUGUAUUUUAGUUAAAUUCAGUAAACUUUCAACCAACUUUGCCAACCACAACCACAAAGCAUAAUUGGACAAAUAAACAAGAAUUGAUCAUGU